UAUAUCCAUUAGGAAUUAAUAACAACAACAGGAUAAGAAAUAACAUAGUGUCCAUGGCAGAAAUCAAGAACCCAUCUGGCAUUUCUCUUUUGGUACCUUCAGUUCAAGAGAUAGCUAAAGAUGACAAGAUUUCAAGUGUUCCACUAAGAUACAUUCAGCCUCAUAAACUUGAAGAUCCUGUUCUUUCUGAAGUUGAUAGUAUUCUUGAAAUUCCAGUUAUAGAUAUGGAUAAAUUGAUUUCAAAAGAAUUUGGGAGUUCAGAAUUGGUUAAGCUUCACCUUGCUUGCAAAGAUUGGGGAUUCUUUCAGGUGGUAAAUCAUGGUGUUAGUUCUUCUUUGGUGGAGAAUCUGAAGAUUGAAAUUCAAGAUUUUUUUAACCUUCCAAUAUCAGAAAAGAAAAAGUUUUGGCAAACUCCCCAACAUAUGGAGGGAUUUGGACAAGCAUUUGUUGUUAGUGAGGAACAAAAACUAGAUUGGAGUGAUAUGUUUUAUAUGAUAACCCUUCCUAAACGCUCUAGAAUGCCUCACUUAUUUCCACAACUUCCUCUUGCUUUAAGAGACACACUAGAGUUAUACUCACAAGAAAUGAAAAAUCUAUCGUUGUUUAUUGUUGGUCAUAUUGGAAAAGCUUUGAAGAUAGAAGAAAUGGAAAUGAGAGAACCAUUUGAAGAUGGGAUACAAAUGAUGAGAAUGAACUAUUACCCUCCUUGUCCUCAACCUGAAAAAGUUAUUGGUUUCACAAAACAUUCAGAUCCUGGAGGUGUCACUAUCCUCCUUCAACUCAAUGAAGUAGAAGGGCUCCAAGUUAAGAAAAAUUGCAUGUGGGUCCCAGUUAAGCCUCUACCUAAUGCCUUCAUUGUCAAUAUUGGGGACAUGAUAGAGAUUGUUACAAAUGGGAUAUAUCGAAGUAUUGAACACCGAGCAAUGGUGAACUCUGAAAAAGAAAGGCUUUCAAUUGCUAUGUUCUACAACCUAAAACAAGAGAGUAUUUUGGGUCCUAUGGAGAACUUAAUUACUGAACAAUCACCAGCUCGGUUUAAAAAAAUUAGUGUGGAGGAAUACUUCAAGAACUUCUUUGCUCAUAAACUUGAAGGAAAGCCCAACAUCGACUUCAUAAGAAUAGAGCAUGAUGAUUGAAUUUGAUAAAUUAUUGUGGGGAAUAUAUAAAGUUAUAAUAUAUAAAGAUUAUGAACUAUCCUCUUAUUAUUUUUUGUUUUCACCACCAGUUUAAUAUGGUUCGGGGUCAGUUCUGGCGUCAAGUGGUUUCAGCCCCCUCCCGAUCGCAGUUCUGGGGAUCGAACCGCGGUCCUUCUACUAAGUUUAGCGACAAUCACCACUGAACCAACUAACGAUUGGUAACUAUCAUCUUAUUAUGUGUUUGAUGUAAACUCGAUUAUAAAUUUAGACAAUAUUAUUCAGUUUUAAAGAAAAAAA